AUGUCGGAUCCCCCGUUGAUAAUUGAGAGUUUAGAAGGUUGCGAGGAUUAUAUUGCAAAGUAUAUGCAAGGAAGUGAGUUAAAAAUCCAUGAGAAACAUCUAAAUUUAUCGAUUUUUAGGAGAUUUACGAUUUACCGAUAAGCGGCAAGUUCGACAAACGGAGAAACAUAAAAAACGAUUGGAAAGAGCUGAGAAAACUCCUGAAAAUGUUAAUAAUCGAUUGCGUUGGCGAAUUAGCGAAGAAAAUAUUUGUAAAUCGUCGAAAUGCAAUAAUCAUUAUGUCAACAAUACACAUUUUUUCUAUGGAAAUGGAAGUCAUUUGGGACAUCUUCAUCGAAGCCCAUUAUAUGCUCUUGAUUUUCCGGAAAAUGUAAGUUAAUUUUAGUUAAUCAAUUAAUCAAUAUUUGGUGAUUGUUUCAGACACAAUUGAAUCGAACGGAUUUCACUAAACAUCUCCAAACGCUUGAAACAAGGCAAUCAAAUAUUGAUAAAAAUUGGUUGAGAACAGCGAAAAAUCAAUUGGUACCUCGAAAAACGGCGAGAAGUCAUUCAGCACCUCCAAAUAUGAAAUUCACAAGUCCUGAAGUUCCGGCUGCAAAUGAUCGAUAUGAAAUGGGUUGGGACACUUGGAGAAACCAGGUAUUUAUAGUAUUAUUUGGAGGAAAUCAAUUAAUAUUUUUUCAGAAUCUCAUAAUUCAAAAUUUCGAUGAAAGUUUGGAGAGGCCAAAAAAUAUGGGAAGUUCUAUGGACUAUACAUUCGAAAAAAGUUUGACAUUAUCAAUGUCAUCAUUGAUUGAUAAUAUCGAUUCACGAGUAAGUUUUUAUAAAUUAACUUUUUUUUUCUAUAAUAACAGAUAUAAAAUGUCAAUAUUUCAGAAACUUCCACCCGGUCACCAUUCAAUUAAGUCGAUUUUAUUUUCAACAUUCGACGAUUAUUUCUAUGUACUUCUUCCGCCCAAAUCACAAGACAAUAUUAAAAAAUUCAGCCAGUAUUGGUUUAGAGGAAUGAAGAAUUGGUCAUAUCGACCAAAUGAACAGCGAGAUAAAUGGUAUAGAAAAAAUGUGAUUUUGUUUUUGGAGCAAUUUGAAGGAGAUCAAACGGAAUUCAGAAGAGCUCGACAUAUUUUAUCUUUAGAGAGUGAGAAAGAAGAUUGGUUUAUUGAAAUGGACACUGGAGAGGUUUGUAUUUUAUUUUACGUGGGAAAAAUUACUAGUGACGUAUUUAAUUUCCAGCUGAGAAGUAUCAAAAAUGCCGGACCGAAUACUGUAAUGUCAAUGCCAGCUAAACAAUGUCGAUAUCCGUGUAAUAUUAUGGAAUGUAGAUUCAGUGAUAAGAAAAUGGUAAUUUAUAUUCUAUUUAUUUUUUUGUUCAGUUAUGGGCCUAUGCAGAAUAAUAUUUUGUAAUAAAAAAACAUUUUUUUCCCAUGCAGAAAAACGUCGAAAAAACAAAAUAUACAGUUUAUUAUUUUGAGUAGAGACAACGUGAAGUUGAGAGAGUGCAGAAAAAAAACCCAUUUUAUGUCUGCGCUCUCUCAAUUUCACGUUGUCUUUAUUUUGUUUUUUCGACGUUUUUCUGCAUAGGAAAAAAAAAGUUUUUUUAUUACAAAAUAUUAUUCUGCAUAGACCCAUUAUGAAAUCAAGAUUUUUUUCAGUCAGGAUUCAAAUUUGCGCGCGAAAUCGAUAAAAUUCGCAAAGAUCAAAUGAUAAAUAUAAUUGGAUUUGACAAGAUGGAUAGGCGAAAUGUGCCAUCAUAUAAUACUGGAAGAUCCGAUAUUCGAACGGCUAUUAUUGAACCAAUCAAAUCACCGCCAGUUCCUCUGAUGACUACUGUAUUUUGUGAUAAUUUGAGUUGUAUGGGAUGUAACACUUGGAGCGCAUUUCAAACAUAA